CGUCUGCUCCGAUCGGUACUUAGACUAAUCGGUCUGAUUAACUUAAACGAUGAUUAAGCAUCGCCUGGCGGCUUUAUUUGUGGUGCUGCUGCAGUUCCUUUGUCCAGCUUGGAGCCAGCCCUUUCCCAACUACCAUGCGGAGUUCGUGGACAUCGAAGAAAAGGGCACGGAUCUCAAGUGGUGGCAGACCGGCGCCUUCUACCAGAUCUAUCCAAGGUCAUUUAAAGACAGCAACGGCGAUGGCGUGGGCGAUCUGAAUGGAAUUGCGGCGCAACUGCCCUACCUCAAGGAAAUAGGCAUCACGGCCACUUGGCUGUCGCCCAUAUUCACCUCACCAAUGGCCGAUUUCGGCUACGACAUUGCCAAUUUCACGGAAAUUGCGCCGAUCUUUGGUUCCAUGGCCGACUUUGAGAACCUAAUGGUGGUGGCUAAGAAGCUGGACAUUAAGAUUAUCCUGGACUUUGUGCCCAACCAUUCGAGUGACGAGUGCGAGUGGUUCCGACGAUCGGCGGCAGGGGAUCCGGAGUAUAAGGAUUACUAUGUGUGGCAUCCUGGUCAUAUGGAGAAUGGCAACCGCCGUCCUCCAUCCAAUUGGAUAAGUGUCUUCCGGGGCAGCGCCUGGCAGUGGCACGAGGGUCGUCAGGAGUACUACCUGCAUCAGUUUGUGAAGAAGCAGCCGGAUUUGAACUAUCGCAAUCCGAAAGUGCGAGAGGCCAUGAAUAACGUUCUGCGCUUUUGGCUGGCCAAGGGUGUCUCUGGCUUUCGCAUUGAUGCAGUGCCCCAUGUCUUCGAGAUCGGACCGGAUGCACAUAACCAGUAUCGCGACGAACCGCGCAAUGAUUGGAACAAUGACCCCGAGGACUACGGCUAUCUGCAGCACAUCUACACCGUGGAUCAGCCGGAGACCAUUGACCUGGUCUACUCUUGGCGAGCCGUGCUGGAUGCCUUUCAGCGGGAGAACGGCGGCGAGGAGCGCAUCUUGAUGGCUGAGACCUAUUCCCCCAUUGACAUCGUGAUGCGUUACUAUGGCAACGCGACUGCAGAGGGAGCCCAGCUGCCGUUUAACUUUCUGCUGAUUAGCGAAAUCUCCAACUCGUCGAAUGCCCACGCCUACGAGGACACAAUCCAAAAGUGGCUCCAGAACAUGCCCAAGGGACGGAUCGCCAACUGGGUGCUGGGAAACCACGACAAGCCUCGAGUCGGCUCUCGAUUGGGUACAGAUCGUGUGGACAUGCUCAACAUGCUCACCAGCACUCUACCCGGUGCCAGUGUUACCUACCAGGGUGAGGAGCUGGGCAUGACCGAUGUUUGGAUUUCGUGGAAGGACACCGUGGAUCCCUCCGCCUGCAAUACCAACCCCAAGAUAUACGAGCAGUAUUCCCGUGAUCCGGAACGCACGCCCUUUCAGUGGAGCGACGCCCAGGAUGCCGGGUUUAGUAAUGCCAGCAAGACCUGGCUGCCCAUUGCCUUGGACUACAAGCAGGUCAAUGUAGAGCUGGAGCGGCAGAAGCCUCUGAGCCACCUGAACGUCUUCAAGCAACUGUGGCAAUUGAGACGGCAAUCUCGGACCCUCCAGAGGGGUGAAACCGAAGUGAAGGCUCUCAGCGAUUCAGUGCUAGCUGUGAAACGUUCCCUUGAGCAUGAGUCAACCCUCCUGACCUUGAUUAACAUCUUCGAUGGAGUGGAGACUAUAAAUUUGCAGCAGACUUUCAAGAAUUUGCCGCCUCAGCUCAAGGUUGUGCUGGUCACGGAACGAUCUCACUUCAAAGUGGGCGAUCUCAUUAAUUCUACCUCGCUGCAAUUGCAGCCCAAGGACUCGCUGAUCCUGGAGGCUACUUCGUCCUACUACGGUUACGCCACCAACGGAGAGUUCCGCUUGCUUCCCGUUCUCGGUGUUUAUCUCUGGCUGGCUCAAGUGGCGCUCUAUUUGAGCAGUCGUUGAGUCUCCACCCUAGUUAUUAGUGGAAAAUAAAGGCACUCGACGUUAUCGUCGAAAAGAUCUCUGUGA